UGUAGCAGCUGCCAUGUUUGGCUGCUUUGUUCAGGUUUCUUGAAGGUUUCCUGCAGAUUUUUUUUAAGUGUUGCAAUGGAACCGAGCUGGAGUACAUUUCUAUUUCAACAGGCCAAUGAAGCCCUCCACCACCAGCACCAGGUGGCCCAGAACAGCCUGCUGCCGCUGCUCAACUCUGGGAAUGAGCCGGUGGACCAGAAGCCUGUAAUGCCCAUCCUCCUGGACCAGAAACCCCCUGCCAGUGCCGCCGAGCUCCUCAAAGACAAUGUGGCCUGCGGGACUGGCAGCGGCAGGGGACCCAUGCCCGUGGUGAAGAAGGAGCACAAGAGCAAGACACCCUUCAUCUGUGGCUACUGCAACAAGGCCUUCCGUGACAGCUACCACCUGCGUCGCCACGAAUCCUGCCACACGGGCGUCAAGAUGGUGUCCCGGCCCAAGAAGACGGCUCAGACAGCCCCCACCAUGGUGCCUCUCAUCUCCACCCUGCCCAGGGAGAAUAGUGGGCAGCCCUCCUACAUAUCCACCAUCGCAGGCAUCCUCACCACAGCCACCCCCUCUGUGUCUUCAGCCUCCAGCAUCAUGUCUCCAGCCUCUAUGAUCAAUAUACCCCAGCAGAACCAGCCCAAAAGGCCUGCCAAGCCAGUGAAGAAGAACCACGGCUGUGAGAUGUGUGGCAAGGCCUUCCGAGAUGUCUACCACCUGAACCGUCACAAGCUGUCCCACUCGGACGAGAAGCCCUACGAGUGCCCCAUCUGCCAGCAGCGUUUCAAGAGGAAGGACCGCAUGACCUACCACGUGCGCUCUCACGACGGAGGAGUCCACAAGCCCUAUGUCUGUUCCGUGUGUGGAAAAGGCUUCUCCAGGCCAGACCACCUGAGCUGCCAUGUGAAGCAUGUCCACUCCUCAGAAAGACCGUUCAAAUGCCAAGUAACGGCCUGUACUUCUGCCUUUGCCACCAAAGACAGACUGCGCUCCCACAUGAUCCGACAUGAAGGGAAGGUCACCUGCAACAUCUGCGGCAAGAUGCUGAGCGCAGCCUACAUUACCAGCCAUCUAAAGACACACGGCCAGACCAACUUUAAUUCCUCUAACAAAGGGGACUGGCAGUGGAACUCCUCAGGGGGACAAAAAGACAGUAAUGAUGUCCACAACUCUGCCUCAGCCACACCUGUAACAGGCUCCGACCCCAUCACCACCACGAUGAACCGGGGAAACUCCAUCAACAACCCCGUCACCAUAGCGUCGCAAAUGAACAUUUCCACCAACACGGUGAAUGUCAGCCUCCAGCACCCAGUCACCAUCACUGGACCCAUCAACAUCGCCUCGAUCAACAUCCCUACCACGGCACACAUGAAUAUUGCCCACCCUCUGGCCAUCAGCACCCCAAUGGCCAUGACAAUGUCCGGGCCCCUCAACAUCGCCAUGAGGUCCAUGGAGAGUAUGCCUUUUCUGUCCCAAGUCCUGCCUUCGUCCCCACCCUGGUAAAAAAAAAAAGGUGGAGAGAAUUAGGCAAAACAAGAGUUGAUGAUGCCUCCUCCUUACCCCCAUCUUUCCCCAGCCCACUCCUCAGACACUGGAAAUGAAAGUUUAGCCUACUUGUGCUGUGCAGCGGGAGAGAACCUCCCUGUCACAUGGCUCCAACCCAAACAAUGCUACAUCACAGAAAAGAGAACCAGAACAGUUGUGUAGAAGUUAGAUUGGGUUUUGUCGUAUCUGAAUUACUUCAAAAUUAGAUGUAGUGAGUCGAUGAAGUGUUAUACAGUGAUGCCUACAUUAGUCGUAGUAGGAUGAACAAGAGGGGAGGACUCCUCUCAAGUCUCGCUAAACGCCCAUACCUUUGCAAUUGGAAGAUCAUUUUUAAAAGCACUAAUGCAAUAAGUAUGAAUUGCUAGUUUUAUUGUUCCAUAGGUUCUCUUACAAAGCCAGUGUGUGUUUCUUAUAAGUUGUUUUUAUCUAAAGCCUGCUAAUCAGUAUUUAAUAUUUUUAGGAGAGCAGUCAAACAAAAGGGACAAAGACUUCCGUUUGGACGGAAGGUUAUUUUUUCAUAGCUGUGAAACUUUGUUUUUCAAAUAAGAGGUAUGCUCUUGAGGUACAUGUUAAUGUAUUCUCACCAUCAAUAAUUGAAUCUGUAUUUUGUUGAAGUGGAUAUCUGGAAAUUGUCCCUCUUGACUGUUAAAUAUGUGUACAGUUUGUUUUUUUUCUCUGUGUUAGGGAUGGCAGAGGUGUGCUUCUUUUGUUUGGUCAUCAGUUGACGUACAUUGUUUUACACAAACUGAAAGAGGAAUGAGUAUUGCACUGAAAGCAUAUCCCAUGUGUCACUUAACUGCAGUAUUAUCAAUGAUCAAAUUGGAGUGUUAGGUAACCAGCCUACAUAAUAACAGGGCCAUCUAGUGGCUUGCAAAUGCCAUUGAGGAAAUGAUCCUGAAGUUCACAAAUGUGUAUUUCUUUAAUUAUUAUUAUUAUUAUUAUUAUCACGUUGGUGAUGGUUUAUAGUUUUGUUAGAAAUAUGUUAUACCCUUUUUAAUAUUGGUUUUGAUGAUCCUGAUAGUAUGGACAUUCUGCUCAGAUAACACAAUGAGAGUAGCCCUGUAAACUUUAUUUUUUGUUUUAUUUGAUUGAAUUCACAUCUAACAAACUUGAUCCUUUUCCCAUGUUACCUUGUAAAUAUUUAACUCUCCAUAUACAUUUUUUUGCUAAAAGAAAAACGUAGAUGUCCUUAAGACUAGGGAUCUAAGAACUCUUUCAUUUUGUGAACUGUCCAUUUUAAUAAUCAUGUCAGCAAACUGUACUUUCAAUCAAACAUCCAUUGUCUCCGCCUGUGUCAUGGUGAUUUAUGGAUGAGGUGACGGGUGUAUUUAGAACAAAACACUAAUGGUUUUUGAGAAGUGUAUGAAAGUUGUAGUGUGAUGCAGACAAUUUUAGUUGAGCCAACAUGGCCUCGGCAGCACAUCUCAGGCAUUGAGACCCAUAGAUUACUAGAUAAGACGUUCUUACUUGGCCAUAUCACCUUUGCAAGGUUUUUGUGCUGUGUGAAGUAUAGUAUUUCCUGAAAGAUCACACACAAGAUGCAGGCACAUUUUUCCCACAAGUUCUUUCAAAGAAAAUCCAAUGAUGAGUGUUUUAUUAUGCAUUGAGUAGAUGAACUAUAAUUGCCUGUUCUGUUUGCCAAAUUUGAUACAAUUAUGAGGUUCAAAUAAGCUAAUAUUUUGAAUUGAAUAUUUCAUAAUUUUGAACAAGAAGAAAAGAACAAUGAUUUGGAAAUUAUUGGACCUCCUGUGAAGGCAUUGAAUGUAUAUCUUUGUACAAACUAUUUUAGUUCUGAGGAUGUCAUAGUUACAAUAGACAUGUGAAAGAUAACAUUUUUAUAAAUAUUUUGUAUUAGAACAUUAAUGGUAAUUUUGUAUAUACCUAAUGAAGACCAGGCUUUCUGAUUAGCAGAAAGGUAAAACAUUCCUACAUUUUUUUAAAUGUAUGUUUGAAAUUAUUACGUAAACAUGCUCAAUGUUUUAUGUGCCUUUUUUUUAUUUGGAUUGUCUAAAUAAAAUAAAACAUGAUGGGUGGGC